ACAAGUUCUAUAUGGGACCAGGACAACUGUACCAUGACCUGCAGAACCUUUUGCACGACUUGAACGUACUUGGGCAAAUCACUCAGUUAAUAAACAGCCUUAAAGGAAACUAUCAGAACCUGAACCAAUCUGUAGCCCAUGACUGGACCUCAGGUUUACAAAAGCUGAUUCUGAAAAAGGAAGAUGAGAUCAGAGCAGCAGAUCGCUGCAGAAUUCAGCUGCAGCUCCCAGGAAAACAGGACAAGUCUGGGAGACCAACUUUCUUUACAGCUGUGUUCAAUACAUUUACCCCUGCCAUCAAACAGUCCUGGAUCAACAACUUACAAAUGGCUAAACUGGCCCUUGCUGAGGAUAACCUGUUGGGUUGGUUCUGUGUAGAAGAUGAUGGGAAUCAAAUCAAAAAGGAGAAACAUCCUCUUCUUGUUAGACACAUGCCAGUGAUGAUGGCCAAGCAACAGGAAUUUAAGGUUGAAUGUGCUGCCUACAAUCCUGAGCCAUAUCUCUCUGGAGAAGCAGAGUCAGAUUCCUGUGCUAUGGAACAUGGUUUUCUCUGGAUUGGCAGUUGCACAAACCAGAUGGGGCAGAUUGCAAUCGUCUCCUUCCAGAGCUCCAGCCCCAAGGUCAUCGAGUGCUUCAACGUGGAGUCCAGGAUUCUCUGCAUGGUCUACAUACCAGGGGAGGAGAAGCUGAGAGAGCAAAACAAACCUUCAGACUCUGAAAAUGUCUUUGCACAAACUUCUAAUGUGCCUACUAUUUGCCUUGGCAUGGAGGAAGGAAGCAUUUCUAUUUACAAGAGCUGCCAAGGCUCUAAGAAAAUUCGACUUCAGCACUUCUUCACUCCUGAAAAAUCAACUGUUAUGAGCUUAACAUAUAGGUCUCUAUACUUGUUUGCUGGCUUGGUCAAUGGAAACAUCUCAAUCUACACCAAAGCAGAAGAUGGGACAUGGAACACAGAACCUCAGAAGGUAGUGAAGUUGGGGGUUCUGCCUGUUAGAAGCCUGUUGGUGAUGGAGGAGACCAUUUGGGCUGCGUGUGGUGGACAAAUCUUUAUCAUCAGCACUGUGACACAUUCCAUAGAGAGCCAUUUUGAGGCCCAUCAAGAGGAAGGGAUGGUAAUCUCUCACAUGGCUGUUGCUGGAGUGGGAGUCUGGAUUGCCUUCACAUCUGGAUCUACUCUUCGCCUGUUCCACACUGAGACCCUGGAACACCUCCAAGACGUUAACAUUGCCACACCUGUCCACAAUAUGUUGCCAGGGCAGCAGCGAGUGUCUGUGACCAGUCUCCUGGUGUGCCAUGGCUUACUGCUGGUUGGAACCAACCUGGGCAUAAUUGUGGCAUUGCCAGUGCCACGUCUGCAGGGGAUUCCCAAAGUGACUGGACGAGGAAUGGUGUCCUACCACGCACACAACAGCCCAGUCAAGUUUCUUGUGACAGCUACAUCCAUAGCCAGGAAGAGCAGAAACAAAGUGAGGCCCAACCUGCUUCCUGGCUCAGAACCCAAGGAUGAGGACCAAAGGAACAUUCUGCAGAGUGAAAGACCAGGCUCUUCCCUCAGCAACACCCAUGAGCCUGCAGUUUGCCUCGGGGGGUCAGCAGGGUCCAUUGCACAAAAGAGUGACUUGUCAUCAUCUUCUGGAUCCCUUACUUUGUCUCAUGGAUCAAGUUCCCUAGAACACAGACCAGAGGACAGUAACAUUUAUGAGCUUUUGAAGGAUCAAAAUAUCUCAUUCAAAAGUAAGAGGCAGAAAUCAAAGAAAAUGAAAGCAAGUUCAGUAUUGGUCAUUUCUGGUGGCCAAGGACACAGGAGAGUGAACAAGAAGACCAAGCAGCAGCGACAAGAUGAACUAGUGUCUUCAGUGAUGGUCUGGCAAAUCCCACUGUUAAAUAUCUAA